UUUGGCAUGUUUGUCAGUCACGCCACAUGCCAGUUCGUUGUUACUGGUUGCGCACUUUUCUUCCGUCUCAUCCUCCGCCCGCAGAUCUCUUUGAUCCCUCUCUCUCCGCCGCGCCUCUCUCCAUCCGGCGCGCUUGUCUCUCUUCCCACUUCUCACAACCAAAUAUAAACAAACAUAUCAAGUGUCUCCCCAGCUCUGGUUGCAGAGGUUACGAAUUGUGAAGUUGCAGACCAAGUGUUUUUUUAUGUUUGUAUCAGUUGGCUAUAUUGUUUGUUCAAUUGAGCUGACUGGUCUUGUUACUAUUCUCCUAUGAGAGAGACAAAGAAUGGAAGCACAAAGGAGUCAACCUGAAAAACAACCAUCACCUGCUUCACCAGCACCAGUGGCGGCUUCAUGUAGAAGGAAAAAGAACGAGGAGGCCACCUUCCUUGAAGACUUGAAGGAUCACAUUGAUGAGUUCAUUAAUGCAUCAAUGGAUGAACACAAGAGUUGCUUUAAGAAGACCAUCCAAAAGAUGUUUGGAAUGUCAAAAAUUGUAGCAGAAAGGAAUGCUGAAUCAAAGGAAGUUGAAAGUGUUCUGCCCCUUCGAACAACAGUGACAAAGUAGACUAUCUUCCUCCUCCUGUAAUAACGUGACAUGUAGUUCUACAUCUAUAUGAGUUAGCAGUAAAUUGUUAAGUCGUGUUACCCAUGCUUUCAGUUUGAUAACUUUGCAUAAACAAGUCUUGUACUAAUACAGGAUUUCUGUUUGUUUUUAACUCGUCAGUUCAGAUAAAGUAAUUCUGUUGAUUUUAUA